GUUCUGCGUCGCGUCUCUCCACUCCGUCCCCAUCGUGAAUCCGUUUCCGGGGACAGGGUACCAGCAGUAAACAUGGCGGAGGAACUGCUGGAAACAGUGGAGAGACUUCAGUCCCGGAUUCUGGACAAUCCGGAGCCUCGAAAGCUGCUGAAGACUCUGAAAAGACUCGGGGAGCUGCCCAUGACAGUGGACAUACUGGUGGAAACCGGAGUGGGGAAAACUGUGAACUCUUUCAGGAAGCAUGACGUAGUGGGAGAGCUGGCCAAAACGCUGGUGGCCAAAUGGAAGAAGCUGGUUCCUCAAUCCUCCGACAGACCCAACAGCCUCCCCAAAGACGCUUCCCGCUCACAUAUGCCGCCUCGGGGGCAAGAUGGCGGCGCCACAGACAGCCACCGGCGCCCCCGAGAGCCCUCGCCGGAGGAGGAGCCGCCCUACAUGGAGGAAGAGGAGGAGGAGGAAGAGGAGGAGGAGAGAGGCUACCACACCAACUACUCCCCAUCGCCCCCCCCGCAGGAGCAGUACAGCCCCCCCCAGAGAGGCCGCUACCAGUCAGACGAGUACGAGAGCCCUGAGCCCGAACCCGAACCCGAACCCGAACCCAGCCCGCCGCCGCCUCCCCCUAGAAAGGAGGCCCGCCUCGCCAAGCCCAGCAAGGAGGCGGGCAGGAACCACCACCAGGGCGAGCGGAGCCGGGAGGAGAAACGCCACGCCCAGAGCAGCAGCGAGCGGGGGGACGGCGACGCAAAGAGACGGCAGAAGAGCCCGGUCCAGAAGGCCGCCAAGCACAGCAGGAAGUCCACCAGGGAGGAGAAGAAGAGGCCGGACGAAGGGCGACCACGAGCCCCAAAGGACUCUCCGUCCAAAGAGGAGGAGGAGGACUUCGAGACCCCCACCAUGUCCUUCGAGUCCUUCCUCACCUACGACGCCCCGACGUCGGUCAGGAAGAAGAAGAAGCCCAACACGCCGGCGCCGGCGCCCCACGGCCGGUCCGCUCACUCCGCCUCCACGCCGUCACCCCGCCAGCCCCCCGCCUCCACGCCCGCCUCCUCCUCCUCCAAAGCCAGCAAAGCCAACGGGGCUCAGAGCGCCAAGAGGCCUCGCUCGGGCUCCAGCUCAUCGACCGCCGGCCCCACGCCCGAAAAACGCAAACGGGUUGUGGAAGCUCUCCCGACUCUUCCGGAAAUUCCCCUUCCAGCGAUUCAGCCCAACUACAGACCUCUGCCCUCCCCCCCGCUGUCCCCCCAGAGGCGCAAAGUUCCCGUCUACAACGACGAGGAGGACGCCGGCUUCACAGGGAAGCGCUUCAACUCCAAGAUGGUGGUCUACUCGGGAUCCAAGACCGCCUACCUGCCCAAGAUGAUGAGCCUGUACGACCAGUGCAUCCGAGUGCUGCAGAACAACAUCGACUCCAUCGCCGAAGUGGGAGGGGUGCCCUUUGAGAUCCUGCAGCCGGUUCUGGAGAGAUGCACCCCCGAGCAGCUGUACCGGAUCGAGCAGAGCAACCAGUGUUUCACAGAGGACUCGGACGAGCUGUGGAUGCGUCACUGCCAGCGCGACUUCAAGCGCGAGUCCCCUCAGGAGUACGAGUCGUGGAGGGAGAUGUACCUGAGGCUGCACGACGAGCGCGAGGAGCGGCUGAGGCUGCUGACCCAGAACAUCACCUCCGCCCACGCCAACAAGCCCAAAGGCCGGCAGGUGAAGAUGGCGUUCGUGAACUCGGCGGCCAAGCCGCCGCGCGAUGUGCGGCGCCGGCAGGAGCGCUUCGGCACCACCAGCGGUUUGGCCACGCCCCCCGCCGCCUCGCCCAUCAAAAUACGACCAGCUACUACAGAUUACUCUGGAGAGUCCAGUCGCUCCUCCUCCCAGCUAACGCCCCCUGCAGGCUCAUCUCGCUCAUCAGCUCUGGCAGGGGGAGGCGGGGGAGGAGGGGGACAACAUGCUGCCCGGGACAAACCACAAGUAAAAAAAAUCGCCCCCAUGAUGGCCAAAACUAUCAAAGCGUUCAAGAACAGAUUCUCCCGCCGGUAGUGUGAAAGAGACUGAAUGUAUUUUAUCGAUUCCAGCUGUUUUCAGUUUCACUUUAGCAGUGUUUUCCAGAGACCCUCCCCUCCCCUCUGCCCCCCCCGCAGACGCACACACAGCAAACACCCCAGACUCUGCAGUAUUUGGAGGAAAAACGGUCCAUAAAAAUCCCAGAAUGCACACAAAGGCCUCUGGUUGUCAGGCCUUCAGAGACACAGCCGCACAUUUUGGGGGGUUUGGAGCCAGAACAUCAGCCUGCUGCUUCAGAGGCUCCCUCCUGGUCCAGAGGAAGCUUCAGCCCCGUCUGGGAGCUGACUCUGAACCGCGUUUGUUUGCCUGAAAGCAGCUGAUUUAGCUGGUUCUCCCCCUGAAAUGACGCACAUCUGCUCCCAGAAGCAGCAGAGCCAGGCCCCAGCUUUGGGCCUCCAGCUGAGAGCAACGCCCCGGACGCCGGGCUGAGCCCCCAAUGAAAGGUGGAGCUGAGCGCCCCGGCGUUCGCCAGCAAACAGGACACACUUUCAGGCUUCUUUAUGCUAACGUUUAGGCAGCAGCGCCCCGUCAGGUGGCCCCACACGUCCCUGUGGUCCCUUUGGAUGAGUUGCCAGGCUUUUUUCCGCCCCUUAAAGCAAAGAAAACGCUUUUCGCAGUGUCAGAUUCUCCUUUAAAGGGACAGAAACACUCAUUUUGGUUUGAGGAGCAGUUGUUUUUUUUGUUUCCCCUCACGACCAGAUGACACUACACUGGGAGACCUUGGCAUUUUACCCUAGUUUUGUCUCUUCGUCGCAUGCGUGAUGCACAUCACGACAGCCGAGCUGCUUUUAAAAAAAAAAAGAUAUUUAAUCAUGUUUUUACCUGCUGAGUUUCCCAUGAAAUCAAACCCACACUGUGGACUUUUUCGAAACCCUCCCGUUGCUUCGGAUAAUUUUUUCUGCUGUCGAAUGUGUGCGAUUGCGUUUCGUUCUGCUUCACUGUGACAAACUGCUCGAGUGAUGGUCGACGGGUCUGUAAAGGGAGGAAGUUACCGGGACGCCUGCAGCCUCAGUCCACGAUCGUGAUGAGAUGUAUUUAUUUUCAGUGAAGGGACCUGGUACCCCACACCACCGGCCCCAUGAGUAGACGAUUAAAAACUGUAAUUUUAUUAGAUUUUAAUAAAUGUUAUAUGGUCAUUUUUAUUAAAAUUGACUUUUUCCCUCGAAGACUGUCUCUGUGGGAAUGUUUUUGUUAUUUUUAAGUACAAAUUCUGCUGAAUUCAGGAUAAAGGAUCAACAGGAAACCACCAAGGAUGCUCUCGGGGUUCGAAAAUAAGGGUUUAUAGGUUUAGGUGGUAUAGGUUUAUAACCAGUUAAUUUUUUUUUAUUUGAAAAAUGACACUGAAAAACGAAUUUCCGGGUCGAGUCAAAGGAAUAGACAGGCACAGGUAAG